AUUCAGUUAUACUACAGAGUCGCGCGUUCAAGAAGGAUGCUAUUUCUAAAUAAAAAUCGAGUGCUUUCUUUGGUCCUUAAUUUUAUUUUCUUAGUCCUUUUAAUUUCAUCGAGUGUCCAAGCAGAUGAGAGAAACAUAAACAAGCUGCUGAACAACCAGGUGGUGGUCAGUCGUCAGAUUAUGUGCAUCCUGGGAAAAAGUGAUUGCGACUCGCUGGGGCUUCAACUCAAAGCUGCCCUGCCAGAAGUUAUAACCAGAAAAUGCAGGAACUGCUCCCCACAACAGGCUCAAAAGGCGCAAAAGCUGACUACAUUUUUACAAACUAGAUACCCGGACGUUUGGGCAAUGCUUCUUAGAAAGUACGACAAUGCCUAAAUAUGGCAAUUAAUGUACUCCUCAUGCAUCGAAUAUAAUAAAUUAGUCUCGACAUCA